UGGUGUAACGGCAACCAUUUUCAUCAAUCAAUCGAUUUUCGGUUCCUCAUCUUCCUUUUAGACUAAAGCCCGCCCGUUACCAACUCUCUGGAUCCCCUCCUGUUUCUACUCUUCUCUCUCCUUCCUCUCUCCUCCCCCUUUCGCUCUUCCUCUUUUUUCUCUCUUAACUUAAAGAAUAAUUCUCUAUUUUUCCGCCGAUUCCUUCUUUCUUCCCGCCCGGUCUCUCGUACCUCGCAGGUUUUUCUCUUCAUCUGUUGCUGCUGGUUACAGCCCGGAGAGGGAACCUUUAAUAAUUCACGCACGAGAGCAACACAACAGCCUAUAAUCUAUCAGCUCUAAGCCGAAGCUAAGAGAAGCACUUAAACGCAUAAUCUUUUUAAGAAGGACAAAGACAAAGAAAAAACCACAACGCAAUCCCCCGUUACCUCAAACUAAAGACACUUAAGGCUUAGAGCUUUCAUGACCCGAAGCUCUCAAGCUCAGGGUCAAGCUCUGGCUCGUCAAACCCAGGCACAGGCAUGUUCCAGCCUCAACCCACCCCGUAUUCUUCCUACGCUUCCUAUGGAAUCCACAUAGCCAACGCAGAGGUCCCCGAAUACGCCUUCCAGCCCACUCCGCUGGGACAAUUCGGAUCAGGGCAUGCUGGUGCUGGUGCUAGCGGUGCAGGCGCAAUCGCGGGCAGACCAACAGCGGCCGAACUAUUCACAUCUCCAAUCUUUCAUAACCACAAUUCUCUAAUUUCUCCCGCCAACAACAACCCCGGCCAUCUUCCAUACAGCAAUACCGACAUCAAUUCUUCGAUACCCCACCACAAUAGUCACCAUCACCAAAACCGUCGCAAUAUCAAGAUGGAGCCACAACAUCCCAACGAUCUUGCUCAGCAGGAGGCUGCAGCCCGCGACUUCAAGCCUCAGCUCGAGGGUCCUUUGGUCGGCGACAGAAGACCAAGCACCGUAAUUACCGAGGAGUAUGCUAAAUCAGAUCCGAUAUAUGUCGCCAAAACUAUGGCGUUACCCCAGACUUACUCCCAUUACCGCCCCGUUCAGGGUGACGGUAAUUGCGGCUGGCGAGCAAUCGCGUUCGCUUAUUUCGAGACUCUCGUACGAUGCGGCGAUAUAAAUCAAGUCCAAGGCGAGCUUGCCCGAGUGACUAGCCUAAACGAAUUUAUCGAGAAUAUCGGUGGCCACAGUGCUUGGCUGUUCGAGGAUAUGGUUUCCGUAACAUUCGACCUAUUUAAUGCGAUCGCCAAUGCUAUGUCCGCUGGACAAGAUGCUAUGCCGUUCGUAAUAGAAAAGUUCAACAACCCCGAGUUGUCGCAGUCCAUCGUUUACCACCAGCGCUUGCUUGCGUCUUCAUGGUUGAAGGGCAACUAUGCUCAAUAUGAACCUUGGAUAACCGGUGGUGUCGAGGGCUACGUCCAAGAUACUAUCAUGCCGAUCGACAGGGAGAUUGACCACAUUGGUGUAGUGCUACUCCACGACGUCCUACUGAAGCCAGCGAACAUCGUGCUCGAGAUCGCCUACCUAGACCGGAGUGAAGGUGUGGAAGUUAAUGUACAUCGGAUGCCAGAGGAGGCCAACGGUCAAGAUCCAUCCUUAUUAGGACCUAUCAUCUACCUUUUAUAUCGCCCAGGUCACUACGAUAUCUUGUAUCGCGAUUCAGUGAUUCAAGCUGCACCUAUUCCGCCCGCACCUACUACUUUGUCAAUCAACCGGGCAACCUCCUUUACGCACCACCACGAGAUCGAGAGCACAAUGCCUCCGCUUCAAGAUUACUCGGUAGAUAUGAGCGCAUUGGCCUUGAUACCUGGUUUUGCUGCUCCCGAGAUGUCUCCUUUGGGUUCUCCAACUGCGCCAUCUCCUAUGACAGAUCCUUACGCCCCUUCUCCGCAAUCGCCAUGGAUGCCGCAAGGUUAUACAGAAGGGCUGCCGGCUGCACCUCCGCCUCAACAGCCAAGCCCACCGCAUCAGCAACCCACGACGCCUAUGACAGUUCACCCUUUGCGCUUCAGCAAAUACAACUUUCCCGACCUAGUAGAGACGAGUAGCUUCCAUGAACCUUCUUUCACAACUAAUACUUUCAAGAAUAGUCAUUUCAAUGUCGCGCACUAUAACAAUAUGAAUUUUCAGCCUGAGAUGUACAGGCCCGAUGCGGAUGAAGAAAUACCACAUGGAAAAGGUGGUGGCCGGAAACGGAGUAGCGAGCAUUGCGCGGUCAUCAAAAAAGAGAACAGGGGUUAGAGAGGGUGUUUUCCUCCUGGUUCGAUGAGCAUUCUUCCGUUUAGGGUCGGCAGCACUUCCCAUUUACUUCACCCCCAUGGCGUUACUUGGUAAUGAAAGACUGCGAGAUACGAGGUCAUUCCUACUACUACGACCUGGUACGUAUUUAUACCACUGAGACGAAAUAAUGAGGCGUGGUCCCCCGCGGCAUCCUAAUAUAAGAAACGGGAUCCACAAAUGAGUUUGGUACUUAAUAUGGACACAAGAGCAGCAAGAAUUAGGUCACGUUUAUUCCCGCUGCCCUGAAACGAAUCGACGAGGCUGGACGCGGAUUAAGUUGAUAUAAAUCCAGCUAAAAUUAAUACGAUAUCUUCAUUCAAAAUAU